AUGACUCUCCUUUCAGCGAGGCGAGUAACAGGCCGGGUCUGGGCCUCGGCCGACAGUUACAGCUUCGCUCUCCGUUCAGCGCGAUGCUACAGUACUGACCCUGUUGCGCCCAGUCAGACAACCUUCAGGAAGCAGCCACAGUUUCGCGAUUACUUUGUGACCCAUUUACCCUCGUCCUCGCUUCAUCCGGACCCCCGUGGUCCGUCCUCGUCCUUUCAUAAACUUCCUCGCUCCGCCUCUAUACCUCACAGCGGAGAAACCUCACAAUCGCCAACUUCCUUCCAGGCCUUAAUAGACCGUGAGACAACGGUCGUUCGGAUUCCCCUGCGCAACGCAAAGCAUCAUUUUGGCGCCGUCACCGCCCGCGGAACCCGCCCUUCAAACGAAGAUACAUACCAAGCUGGCGUCAUCGACAUCCCCGCCUUUGCAAAACGACCUCCGGCCUCGCUGACGAUCAAGCGAUCUAAGAAACAAAAUAUUACCGACCCUCGGGAGUCGCGCGGUGCAGAAACAGCUACUGGAGACCCCCAAGUCUUUUAUUUCGGGGUGUUUGAUGGCCAUGGCGGAACCGAGUGUAGUUCGUUCUUGAGGGACUAUCUGCACGAGUAUAUUCAGAAUGCGGCGUUUGAUAUCGAGCUUCAGUCCAGCCUACGACGCGGUGCUAAAGAACUACCCACCACCAGCGAAUUGCCUGUGAUGCAAGAGGGCGACCGACGUCGAAUGGGGGACCUUGAGAAACACCUUGUCCAGACCUGGAGACGGGUAGUUGGUGGCUAUUUCAAGAGAUUCCAACCGCCCCAUUUUACCUAUCAUGGUACUGAGUCCACCGUGCCAAGCAUCACCGAUCACAUCUCCAUCGAGGAAGUCGUGGAGUACGCCUUCCUGCGCGCGGAUCUAGACUUUGUCAAUGCACAAGCCGCCAAGCGAGACGAUGAUCUAGCUCAAGCUGAGAGGCCUCUGAACGAAGAUGAAAUAUUUCACAGACCCAGCAUGACCCGGUCGCCCCAAAUUGGUGGACGCGCCCGCUUCAAGGGCGGCAGUACCGGGAGUGUCGCCAUGAUUUCGACCCCAACUCCAACCCCCUUCUGGCAUCCUAUUGCGCCAUCGACGCUCCUAGUCGCCCACGUAGGCGAUACCCGAAUCCUCCUCUGCUCAACAGAGACAGGCCAAGCCAUCCCCGUUACAUCGAACCACCACCCCUCCUCGCCAAUCGAGGCCAGCCGACUCCGGCGGUAUGCCGCAACCUUCGUGACGGACUCGUUUGGCGAAGAGCGCAUGAGCGGGCUAGCGAACACACGCUCCUUCGGUGACGUCCAGUCCAAGCGCAUCGGGGUUUCUGCCGAGCCGGAGCUCAAUCGGAUAGAACUUGGCCCCGCCGAGUUCUCCUUUUUGGUUAUGGUGUCCGAUGGCAUCAGCGGCACACUGCUCGACCAGGAGAUUGUUGAUAUCGUCAAGGAAGCCAAGACUCCGGAUCAGGGUGCGCACGAUGUGGUCAAUUUCUCGACUGAGGUCACCAAUGAGGGUGACAAUGCUACCUGCCUGGUAAUUCGACUAGGCGGUUGGGAGCGUCGUCAAGAAGGCGGCGUUGGUAGCAUGGGUACCAAGGAGUCUCGCGAGUGGCGUCGACAGGAUGCUACUGAUCCGCGCAGGUCACGGACGUGA